AUGAAGUUGAUUCUGAUACUCAGUGCUAUGUUGGGAUGUGCCUUUGUGAGUGGUUAUACAACAGAACGACCGAAUAACAACUCUUACAGAGGCCAACAUCGACGGCCACCUCCGUCUUGUUUGAGGGCUUCUGUACUUUUGCCCGGAAUGAUAAAGACGUGUGUUAGUUCAAUUAUAAAGAAAAAUGAAUUUAGAAGCUAUUUGGAUCUGGAUGUUUGCCAAUUCGUUAAGAAAUCUGUUACUAUGGGUUUGUCCUGUAUGGUCAAAGAAUUCAACAAGCAAACGGACUGCCCCAUGGAGGUCGUGGAAGAAAUUAUGGGGAUGAACUCGGAGAACAAUAUGGCGAUGAAAUAUGUGGAAUAUAUGUUUUGCGGUGGAUCUAAUCCAUUUGGGCCACCAAGCCCCAGUCCUGCAAGCCCAGCAUAAGGCGCAUGUUGAAGCAACGCCAUUUUACGAAGGAAAUAUAAAACUAUUAUUUUAAUAUGAACACCAUUUCCCAAAAAGUUCUCAACGAAAACACAUAUUCGACCUCGCAAGACGGGUUAAGUAUCUUGUCAAAAUAAUUAUAAUUUUUCAUACU